AUGAAUCAUACUAUCGGUUCGCACAAUAGAGACUCUGGCAUCGAGAGGGGCACUAAUGGCAGAAGAUGCUUUGAUGACAGUUUUCUCCAGAAUGGUACUCUCUACCGCUCAACGACUUGCAAUUUAACCACUGGAGAAAUAGCUCCGGUAACACCUAAAGAAUUGAUCGAGAUUGCAAUCAAUUCAGAGACGAAUAACUCGGAUGAAAAUGAUCACAAUACAUCUAAUGGAGCUUAUGAUCUGGAAAAUAAAGAAGAUAAAUAUCAUUUUACAAAAUUAGAGUCAUUACAAGAAUCACGCAAUACAGCUAAAUGGACAGUGUUGGGUGCUGAAAAAAGACUAGCAAGUUUUGAAAAGUGGCCUGAUUAUAUUGAACAAAAACCACAAGAUCUUGCCGAAGCAGGAUUUUAUUAUAAAGGUGUGAGUGACCGUGUUUACUGUUUCUACUGUAAUGUUGGUCUUUGCAAUUGGCAGAAAGAAGAUAUACCUUGGAACGAACAUGCCAUGCGGAUGCCAUCUUGCCCCUAUGUCUUUAUAGAAAAAGUUGUAUUUACAAUAGACGAACCAGAUAUAAAAGCUGUAUCCAAUGCAGGAAAAAUGGAAGACCAUGCAUCUCUAGAAGCUGUAUCCAAUGCAGAAAAUAUGGAAGACCAUGCAUCUCUAGAAGCUGUAUCCAAUGCAGGAAAAAUGGAAGACCAUGCAUCUCUAGAAGCUGUAUCCAAUGCAGAAAAUACCAAGAUUAGAGAUAAUAUUUUAUUUAAUAUAUCAGAUACGAUUGUGCCUCUUACACCUGAAAAAGAGAAUACUGAGAUUCAUAUAUCUCAAGCAACUUUACCCAAUGCAGAAAACAUGGAAACCCCUGCAUCUCUAGAAGCUGUUCCCGAAGCAAAUAAUGCCGAGAAUUAUCACAUAUGUAAAAAGUGUUUCAUGGCAGAAAAAAAGAGACUAGCAAGUUUUGAUAACUGGCCUGAAUGUAUUCAUCAAAAACCACAAGCUCUUGCCGAAGCUGGCUUUUAUUAUAGAGAAAAGAGACUAGCGAGCUUCAAUAACUGGCCUAAAUGCUUUGACCAAAAACCACAACCACAAACUCUUGCCGAAGCUGGAUUCUAUUAUGAAGUACCUGUAUCUGGAAUAGACAAACCAUAUAUAAUCGUACCUCCUUCAACUCUGAUAAAAGUUAUACCCGAACCACAUGUUGAUGAGUUUCCUCCACUUGUUCUGGAACUUGGGCUAGAUUAUGAUCCUUCUAAGGACAAUUAUCAUCCCAUUAACGAUGCCUUCUGGAAGCAGGGUGAAGAGACACCUUAUAUGGCUCUAGUCAACACUAUGAAAUUGAUUGAAAAAACAAACGGUCGUUUGAAGAUUAUUGAGACAUUGGCAAAUUUCUUCAGAUCUGUUAUUGUCUUGUCUCCAGAUGAUUUAUUAUGUUGUGUCUACCUAUGUCUCAAUAAAAUAGCACCUGCCUUUGAAGGCACCGAGCUGGGUAUAGGAGAAAAUAUUCUUAUGCGAGCAAUUGCCCAAGCUUCAAGACAUAGUAUUGAGAAGAUUAAACAAGAUAGAAAACAGAAAGGUGAUCUCGGUAUUGUUGCUGAACAAUGCCAUUCGACUGAAAGAAUCACAAAUAUGCCAAAUUUGACAGUAAAAGAUCUCUUUGACCAGCUGAAAGAAAUUGCAUCUCUAGCUGGCAAUGAUGCUCACGGUAAAAAGAUUGACAAGAUAAAGGAUAUAUAUAUUGCCUGUCGAGCUUCCGAAUCCCGUUAUCUUGUCCGAUCUCUCAAUGGAAAACUUCGCAUUGGUUUGGCCGAGAAGUCGGUUCUGCAGGCCAUAGCCCAAGCUAACUACCUUACACCUCCAGGUCAAAAAUAUCCACCGAAUAUUAUUAAUGCGGGCAAAACAAUAGGUUCAAAACAGUUAAAAAAACAAUUUGAAAAGUACGGUACAAUACUAAGCACGAUCUACAAUGAAUUCCCUUCAUAUGAUAAGAUCAUACCAAUCCUUUUAACCGAAGGGAUUGAGGAACUCCCCAAAUACUGCUCCCUUACCCCUGGAAUUCCAUUGAAAUCGAUGUUAGCUCAUCCUACUACUGGAAUUUCUGAAGUCUUGAAGCGUUUUGAGAAUGUCAAGUUUACUUGUGAAUUCAAGUAUGAUGGGGAGAGAGCACAGAUCCAUUUAAAGGAUGAUGGUACAAUCAAUAUAUAUAGUAGGAAUCAAGAAAAUAACACAACCAAAUAUCCCGAUGUUAUUUCCAUCUUGAGAAAUGUAUUGGGAAAAGAUGUUAAAUCAUGUAUCAUUGACGCGGAGGUUGUGGCUUGGGAUAAAGAAAACCAGCAAAUCUUACCCUUCCAAGUCCUAAGUACCAGAAAGAGAAAGGGUGUUAAUGAAAAGGAUCUCAAAGUACACAUAUGUAUAUUUCCCUUUGAUUUGCUUUAUCUGAAUGGCGAAUCACUGGUCAAGAAGUCAUUCGAGAUACGUCGUACUCUAUUACGAAAUAAUUUUAAAGAGAAAGAAGGGAGAUUUAUCUUUGCAAAGAAUAUGGACUCCACUAAUACAGAAGAUAUUGAAGAAUUUAUGGAGGAAUCCCUUAAAGAAAAAUGUGAGGGUCUCAUGAUCAAAUCUCUGGAUGUGAAUGCUAUUUACGAUAUAGGAAAACGAUCACACAAAUGGUUAAAAUUGAAGAAGGACUACCUUAAUAGAAUGGGGGAUACAAUUGAUGUUGUGGUCAUUGGAGGCUAUUUAGGCCAAGGCAAGCGCACUGGGCAAUAUGGAAAGUUUCUUGUAGCUUGCUAUGAUGAAACUAAAGACAAAUUCCAGUCUUUGUGCAAGAUUGGUACGGGUUUUACAGAACAAAAUUUACAAGAAUGUUCUACCCUUUUCCAACAAUACAUUGUAGAAAAACCAAUGACUAAUUAUAGUUAUGAAAAUGGUACUGGUCCUGAUCACUGGUUUAAGCCUGUGAAAGUUUGGGAGAUUAAGUGUGCAGAUCUUUCCCUUUCACCUAUAUACAAAGCUGCAGUAGGACUGGUUGAUCCAGAAAAGGGCAUUUCUUUGAGAUUUCCAAGAUUUGUAAGAAUUCGUGAUGAUAAAAAUCCUAAAGAAAUCACAAAUGCAGUACAGAUUGCAGACCUCUACAAUAACCAAUACCAGAUGAAAAAUAAUAAGAAAUAA